AUGCUGCGCCCGCACUUUGAAGAGCCGUUGGCCAAGGUCGCGGCACACUUCGGCAUCUGCGUGACGUUACUUAAGAAAAUUUGUCGCCGACAUGGUAUCGCGCGUUGGCCACACCGUCAGAUCACGGGCCUUCGCAAGAGUAUUGCCUCAAUGGAGCACGCUAUCGGAUACUUCGACGGCGAUCGACGCGAGUCGUACGCCGAGCAAUUGCUCAAGCAGAAGAAGAAACUCGCUGCGCUACUGGAAGACCCGACGGUAAACAACCCGCUUCUGGCGAAUGAAGAAGAGCAACGCGUCGAGAAUACGAGGAAACAGACAAAGACUUCACCCGUGCACGAGGUGGCACCGGCACUGAUGACUCGUGCGUCGUCGCCUACCGGUCCGGUGCUGGCGGAGUCACCGUACUACGGUGCAUCCAUGAUAGCUACGCCGGCACAGACACCACCCAUGUGGCUUCCGGCACCGCAUGUUGAGCCGAACUACACGCAGAAUUACCACCAAGUUUGUCCUCCUACGCUCGACCAACGCAGUCCAGUUUACCCGUCGAGCUACUAUAUGCCUGGAGCGAUUGCAAUCAGCAAUAACGUUCCUACAACCGCCAUUCAGUUGCCUCCGCUACGUCGAGAGUCACGCGCAGUGUUGCCACCCAUUUCGUCACUGGUAAUCAGCAACAACAUCUUCUCGUCGAUGCCAACAACGAGUUGGUAA